AAAAAUACCGGCAGAAUGACUGAGCAACGUUGGGUACCUCUGGAAUCAAAUCCUGAUUACAUCUUUAACCUUGGCGUCCCUAAAGAAUGGCAGUUUGUAGAUAUUUAUGGACUGGAUGCAGAUCUGUUAGGAAUGGUGCCACGACCAGUAGCAGCUGUAGUAUUGUUGUAUCCAAUCACAGAUAAGGCAACAGCAAGUCCUCUGGGUGAGGUAAAACCAUCAUCAGACCUGUUCUUUGUAAAACAGACCAUAUCUAACGCCUGUGGAACUAUAGCCAUUGUACAUAGUCUGGCAAAUAACAAGGACAAGAUCAAGUUUAUAGAUGGGAAACACUUUGGCAAGUUUAUAGAAGGUUGUUUGAAACUAUCUCCUGAAGAAAGAGCAGCAUUUCUUGAAAAAGACAAGGAUAUGGGUUCAGCACAUGAAGAUAGUGCCCAGGAAGGACAGACACAGGCCCCUCCUGCAGAGGAAAAGUUGAAGACCCAUUUUAUAGCUUUUGUGUGUAAAGAUGGUGGGCUCUAUGAAUUAAAUGGUGGUUGUGAUGGGCCUGUUUACCACAGUACAUCUAGUCCUGACACAUUGUUAGAGGAUGCAGUAGCUGUUGCUAAGAAGUUCAUGGAGAGAGAUCCAGAUGAAGUCAAUUUCACUCUGAUGGCACUGGCAAAAGUGGACUAAUCCUGAUUGGACACUUUAUGGUCACAUGAUCAACAAGAUAUCAAGCUUUAUCUGUAUGACUAUGAUGCUGCACAUGUAACAUUAUUGUGCAUUCUAUGUUGUGCCACAACACAAGCAUUGUUCUCUUAUUUUAUUAUACAGUAUUUUUGUAUCUCUUCACACAAACAAGUAUGGUUUAUGGAUGAUAAUAUUACUACACAAUGGAGAUUGCUUUGCCCUUUGACACUUUUUGUUUAAAAUUCAAUUCCCGUUUGAUGUUCAUUUCAAAAGCUGUACUAUUUCAAUAGUUGAGGUCCUUGAAGACUAGAAAACAAAACUGGAUGUGACCUCAGAUGUCGAACAUUUACAAAUAACAAGUGAAAACUGUUUUAUAAUGCAUCAUUACAAAAUUAAAAAUUAUUACAAAUGUCCUUGUAAAAUUAAGUUUGACCAUUAAACUCAUGAUUUAUAAGUUACCAAUGUUAAUCACUGCAUAUUUUACCUUUUUGCACUGUAAUGCUGACCAUCAUUCCAUGUCUAAAGUUGAACAUUAGAUUAUAGUGUUAAUUCCUUAGCUUAAGAGAUUACUUAACUGACAGUAAGAAGUUGAAGGUCAAUACUUUAAGUUUGACCUCUUUUAAAAAAUAAAUACCUAAUGUUUACUGGGAAAAUUCAUGUAAAUCUGCAAAGAAAACAGACUGUACUAUGUAUAUAUGGGGAGUAUCUUGUCAAUAAAUCACUGGUGUUGUUUUAAAAUAAUAGACUUACAAUUUUAUAAUUACAAUGUAUAAGGUUCUAGCUGAAUCGGUUAUUCAAAACAUAUAAACCAGUACAUAUUCAUGUGAACUUGCAGUCAUCAGGUGGUUUAAAAGAAUGGCAUCACAUACUGUGAUUCUUUUUCUUCUUCAAAAUUUUGAAAGUUUUAAAAGUCCUCCAAUGUUCAUCCAUGUGUCAUUGAGUGCAUCUUAUUUUGCCAUAUUCUUUCUAUACCCCAAUUUCAACGAAAAACAGAUAUAUUGCUCUUCUAGGUCCCAUAUGGAUUCCUGCAAAGUAGACAUUAAAACACUGAGCAUCAAAAAGUAGACCUUAAAACAUGGAGCUCCCUGCUUGUGCACACCUAAAUCAUCAGCACUUUUGAAUAAACUUGUUAAUAAGUAAUAAAGUGUUACAUAUGAAGAUGAAGCUUUCCAUUAUGAAAUAAAGAAGAAAAUAUUAAAUUGAGUAAAGAAUAUAUAAUUAGAUUUUUACACAACAGUAACUUCAUUACUAAUUCAUUGAUCAUCUCUUUUCCUGCUAAGUCAGUAGAUUUCUCUUGUAAUUGAAUGAAUGCAUUAUUUAGAUUCUUAAGUAGGUCAAUGUUCUAUAUAUAGAUUCUGAAUUGAGUGUGAUACAAUAUUUCCUCCACUCGAGCAGAGUCUCUGACUCGAGACAGUAAAUUUUUUAAUUUUAAUUUUAGUUGUAGAAGACCUACAUUUCUAUUUUAUUUCAAUUUAACGGUUAAAAGGGUGAAAAUAAUGUUUUGCAUUUACAUAAGAGUCUAUUUCUCUUUCAAAUAUUAGAUGAUGUAAAGUCAUCUUUUAAUAUCAAUUUUCUAAUGAUCUAUAUACAGUAUGUAUCAUCAGACAUGGUCACCUUCUGUUUUCGGAUGUCACCAUAGCAAAUUCGAGGGAUAGCUAGAUUUUUUUUCACCAUUCUUAAAAUUUAAUAAAAAUAUGCUCAGAUCAAACAAAUAACAUGAAAACUUUAAAAAAAAAAAAAUCAACCCUAUGCCAAAGAAAAAAAAAUCAGUUAAGAAUUAGAGAAAUGGAGAUAUUAAUUCUGAAUA